GGGGAGGAGGGGCGCCCGACCCCGGCGCCGCUCGGCGCAGCCCCGCGCCCCUCCUGCUGGGACCUCGGCCGGGAAAGCCCCCGACGCGAAGAAGGCACCAGAGCCGGGGUGGCUGUGGAGACCUGUGCGCUUCUCUCUGAGUCCGAGACGCCCGCCCCAAUUCAUCCCCGUUCCUCCACCCGCCAGCGCCAGCCACCCUGGUCCGCACCGGGAAGUUUCCUACCCCUAGCAUUAGCCCCGCACCGGAGGGAACUGCGGGCGAUGGCGGGGACGGUGCUGCAGGACUGGUGCAGGUGGACGGGCGUCAGCGCUCACAGGGGCCUGCUCAUCCUGUCAUCCCGGAAGACUGAUGAGGCCGAACUCCAAGAGUCCCUGGAGGCCGCCCUGUGGCCAGUGGGCCACUUUACCGUGCUGGGCCAAGUGUUUCGAGAGGAGGAUACUGCCACUGCGGCCCUGGUCGAGCUUGACCGGGAACUCGAUUAUGCUUUGGUCCCCAGGGAAUAAAUCCCGAGCGCUCCGGGUCCCUGGAACGUGGUCUUUGUGCCCCGAUGCCCAGGCCCGGAGUUUCUAGGUCGCGUGUUCCACUUCCUGUGACCACAGGGGCAGACGGUGGAGAGUGUGGCCGGCGCCCUGGCUGGGCUGGGGCUGCGCAGGGUGUGCUGGUUCCCACCCAUCAGUCAGGCGGUCCAGCCUUGGGUGGAGACCCUGCGGUACCAGCGCCUGGGCGUGUUUUCCGGGAGGGAUCAGCUGGCCCCCGGGGAGGAGUCCUUUGAGGCCUGGCUAGGCCACACCUCUGACAUGCUGCAUGUGUGGCGUGGGGUUUCGGAAAGGGAGAGAUGGAGGAGGCUGAUGGAAGGCCUGCGAGGGGUGGCCCUGCAGUCUGUGCACAGGCUCCUGGAGGAGAACCCUGCCAGGACUGCGCAGGACUGCCUGGCGGCUCUGAUCCAGGUGUUUGCAGACAACGAGUCCCAGGCGACCAUCCGGAUGAAGUGUUUCACUGCUCAACAGCAGUCCAGCGAGCGCCUCUCUGCUUCUGUGUUGCGGAUGGAAGUCCUGCUGCAGAAAGCCAUCGGGAAAGGGGCCCUGAGCAGAGCCUCAGCUGACCAUGUGCGCCUGAGGCAGGUGCUCAGGGCCGACCACACCGAGCCCCUGGAUGAAGCGCUGAGCAAGCUGGGAAGUGGCAGGUCUCCAAGUUUCACGGAGAUGCUGAGGAUCGUUCGAGAGUCUGAGGCACAGGAGGCCAGUCUAGCCAGGGGCAAGAGAGCCCAGGCAGAGGAAGAGGCUGCUGCCCGGGCCAGAGCCGGAGCUAAGGCAGAGGAUGAGAGUGUGGAGGACAAGGAAGCGGGGGUGGCAGGAGCAGGAGGAGGCGCACGUCGGCCACAAUGACCCCGCCCCGCGGGCCUAGGCCAGGCAGGACACUCAGCGGCCCCCGGAGGCCCCACCUCUCCCUGGACGCGCACUGAUUCCCCAGUAGGCCCGGGACGUCCUGGCUGGGAGCCCGAGGACGGGCUCAAGCCCAUCCCAGAGGAGCCGGGAAAUGAGGACGGGGCUGCGGAGAGCAGCAACCCCGAGUCCUCAUCCAGCCAACAGGCUCAGCAGGCCCCGGGGGUCCCCAGGCCCGGAGGCAGGGGGAGGCCAGGCCAGGCAGCCUUCUCAGCCCACGUGGGGAGCAGGGUGGAGGGAAGGGCCAGCCCAGCCCAGCUCAGCCCAGACCAAGCCCCUGGGCCACCCCCCACCAUCCCCAACGGGCCCUGGCCACCACAUUCAGUCCUUCCAAGUGACCGAGAUGACCAUGUUUGACACCAGACUAGGCAGGGAGAGAUGCCACCCUGCUUUGCCAUGGCAGCACCACAUCCAGCCCCUGCUCUAAAGCCUGCCAGCUCAGGCAGCUGGCCUGGGAGCAGCCCUGAGUGGCCAACUCCCACCUAGGUGAGGGGCACCUGCAGAUGGCUGCCACCCACACUGGCCUGGGAGGCGUUAGGGGCCACCUCAAGGUGCCUGGGGCUCCCUCCCGAGAGGGGACCCCUGUUCAGUGUCCCCCCUCUGGGGCAGGCUGCUCCCUGUACUGGCAAGCCCC